ACUGUAGGAAUAUAAAAAACCAUAAGGCUUAAAUAGUUGAUAGGAGAGUGUCAUAAAAGCGAAGCUAUUGUGGUCGUGCAGGCUGAGUGUCAGAUUCGUAAACGAAAGAUUCGAGUUCGAAUCUCAGUCGCUUUGUUAAUCAGUGACAGUGUAGUGCUCUGUCGUUGAAGUUUAAGAUCCUUCGUAUUGUUCUUCAUUUAACGUAAAAUUUGUGUUAUUCGUGUAAAGCAAGUGUGCAAUUGAGAUCUUCGAUGGAGAAUCUCAAUUGUUAUGUUUGCUUUACACGACAGAUACAAAUUUUUGUCUCUUUUUUAAUAGCGCUCAGUUGCAUUUUCUAUAAUAUUUACGUUAAAAAAGAAGCAUUUAUUGUACUUGGAUGAACAAGCCUAAUGUAGCCUAAUGUUAAAUGUAUUGAAAAAGUGUGUGAUCGAAAUAAUAGUAUUUUUAAGUAACUAUGCAGGCAGUUUAUUGUGUGACUUGUUAUCACAUAAUAACAUAUUAUUUUUAACUAACCUAACUUAAAGAAAUAUUCCAAACUCCAAAUGAAUUAACACAAAUCACAGAAUUAAUAUAGAGUAAAUUUGUAUUUAGUGUAAAAUAUAUUGCACAUUAUAUAAUGGAUGUGUUGGAACCAGAAUUAAUUUGGGUUAAUGGACAGUGCUAUAGAUUUUAUGAAAGUACUGCAUGGAAAAACAUUCAUACAUCUGAUCCAUACAUGGAGGAUAAAGAAUCAAUUUGUUUAAAUGAAGAAUCUGAACCUGAUAUAGAGAUGGUAUCUCAUGGCUCGUGCUUUAAACAUACCUUUUACGUACCCAAAAUUUUUUAUUCACAUAUAAUUGGUACAAAAGGUAUAACACGCAGAAAAUUGGAAAAUGAGACAAAAACAAAUAUUGAUAUACCUAAAAAAGGGAAAGAUGGAAACAUUGUUAUUACUGGACAGGAACGUAAAGCUAUAAUAUCUGCAAGACAUAGAAUUGAUUUGCUAAUAGAAGCUUCAAAGAAAAAGAUACGUUAUACACACUUCUUGUCAAUUCCAUUAAAUAAAAAGAAUAUAAUUGAUAAAUAUAUUUCUUUCAAGAAAGACAUAUUAGAGAAAUAUAACAAAACUGCAUCCAAUAUUGAUGAAUCGAUUUUUCAAUUACCAGCCAAGUUACAUCUUACUAUUGGAAUGCUCAAAUUAUUUGACGAUAAUGAUAAAGGAAAUGCUAUCGACGCUCUCAUGAAUUGUAAAACAAAUAUUAUAGAUCCUAUUAUUGAAGAAACAGGGCCAAUAAAUAUACAAUUACAAGGAGUUUCAUGUAUGAAUGAUGAUCCUUCUGAUGUUAAAAUAUUAUAUGCACAAAUUGUACUUAAUGAAAAAUUACAAGCACUUGUUGAUAAUGUUGCUGGAUAUUUUAUUGAUAUAGGUUUAAUGGAGAAAGAAUAUGAAAAAAUAAAAUUGCAUGUUACUUUGAUGAAUACAUCAUUUAAACGUGAUUAUCAAGGGAGAUUUAAGGAAAAAUAUGACGCGAGUGAAAUAUUAAAAGUCUAUAAGGAUACAUUGUUUGGAGAAACGACAUUAAAUCAGAUUGAUAUAUCUGAACUUCAUACGGCUACUAAAGAUAAUUAUUAUAAAUCGAUAAGUAGUAUUACUUUUUAAGAUAUUUAUAUAAUGCUAAGGUUUAUUGCAAAAAAUUAAGUUACAGAAUAUCUACUAUUUAAAUAAUACGUGUAUAAUAAUAAUACUUUAAUUAUCAUUUUAUUUAAUAUAUUGGAUAUAUUAAAAUUAAUUAUUAAAUUAAUUACUAUGAUUGAUAUACAUAUUUUAGAUAAAUUUUAAGAAUUUAAAAAUAUGUAUUUAUUUUUAUUGCAUAUAUAAUUUAUUUGCAUUAAUUAAUUAUAGUUAGCAUAAUUUUAAUUUAAGCAUACUAAUGGAUACGUUUUAUCUAUGAGAAUGUUCUAGAGCAAUUUGAAAAGAAAUUAUUUCCAACGAAUCAUUUCCAGUGACAAUAGAAAAAGACCUGAAAAUUUAGUUAUUAGAUAAUCUGAAAUAUUAUUGGUUCAGACGAUUUUCAAAAGAUUGAAGAAUUCGUUAGAAAGAAGGAGAAGAAAGGGUAGGAGAAAAAUAUACCUAGAGAUAUACCUAGUAUCCUAAGAAAAGAUAAAUGAAAUAUACCUUAACAGACUAAGCAGAGAAACAUUAAGAAAUAUGUGUGAAGAAAAAUGUAUUAGAGUGUCAAAAAGCUAUAAUUAAUUUUUUUAUUUUGCGAAGACAAAUUAUAAAGUUAUAUUAAUGAAAAUAUAUAUAAUAUAUUAAAUUCACAUGUAUUAAAAAAUAUUAAAAAUAGCAUUUGUGGUGAAACGAGAGUAGAGGCAGAAGAAAGAAAAAA